GGGGAGGGGAGGUUGUCCAGAUAAGGGAAACCAUACCCCGAAGUUUAUAUAGAGGGAGGAAUAUGAACUUACUUUAAUUGAUCCACGGGUGUCUGCUGCUUGCUCUUCAACAUGCUGCUCCUCGCAGUCCUCGCCCUCGCCCUCGCGGCGCCCUCUCUAGCGUACAGCCUAGGCGGCUUCAUCCACUCCCCAGGAGCGACCUCCCACGGCUUCUGGGGGAAGAUUGAGUCUUGUCCUGUGGGGUCCUACGCCAGGGCUUUCGAGCUCAAGGUGGAAAAGCCGCACUCGGGCGUGGGUGACGACACGAGCGUUAACGCCAUCAGACUCUACUGCUACAACGCGGCAAGGAAGAAUACUGGCAACAUCACUUCCUCCACCAUGAACCGCGGCUCCUGGACAGGCGUGUAUUCGUGUGAUGAAGGGGAUUUCCUCAAUGGGUACAACCUGAAGAGUCAACCAGACCAAGUCCCCUUCACUGAUGAUACCGCCGCCAACGCUCUGCGCAUGUACUGUAGCCAGUCGUCUGAUUACCUCGAGUCUCCGGGGAACGAGUGGGGCAGCUGGCUUGAGCCAUCCUUCUGCGGGAGUGGCAUGGGGGUGUGUGGCCUCACGACCCGCGUGCAGGAGGACCAGGGCAUUUUCGGCGACGACACGGCUCUUAAUGACGUCCGCUUCCAGUGUUGCGAUUUGUAGUGAGGCGGCCCUAUGUUUUGCGGAGUGCGGUUGUGUUUAUAUUGCUCCUGCAGUCAAUAAACAGCAUUUCUA